AUGUCGGACUGCGAGCAGCGACGCCUAACAGCCUGGUUGACCAGACUACCACCAACCAAGAGAACUGAUCAGAGACCGAGCCACGAGGAUACUGAUCCCCGGAGUCUGCACAAGGUAGACAACAGAGUUCUGUUAAUAAGUUUCGUCGAAUCGUGGACGUCAGGCAUCCGCCCGUGGACGCCAGGCAUCCGCCCGUGGACGCCAGGCAUCCGGCCGUGGACGCCAGGCAUCCGGCCGUGGACGUCAGGCAUCCGGUCGUGGACGUCAGGCAUCCGGUCGUGGACGUCAGGCAUCCGGCCGUGGACGCCAGGCAUCCGGCCGUGGACGCCAGGCAUCCGGCCGUGGACGUCAGGCAUCCGGCCGUGGACGCCAGGCAUCCGGCCGUGGACGCCAGGCAUCCGGCCGUGGACGUCAGGCAUCCGGCCGUGGACGCCAGGCAUCCGGCCGUGGACGCCAGGCAUCCGGCCGUGGACGUCAGGCAUCCGGCCGUGGACGCCAGGCAUCCGGCCGUGGACGUCAGGCAUCCGGCCGUGGACGCCAGGCAUCCGGCCGUGGACGUCAGGCAUCCGGCCGUGGACGCCAGGCAUCGCGGCAUAUUCGUAA